UACCCUUACUCUUUUGAUACCCUUUAUCACAUUGCUUAAAUUCAUGCAACACAAUUAGAAAGACCCUGACUUUGUGUAACCCAAAACACCAAGCACAGAAGUUCCUGUAACCCAUUCAAGAAGCACAUUACUUUCUGUAAUCCAACCAGGAAACACUUACCGCUCUAUUCCUGUAACACAGUUAGGAAGCACGUCAUCAGGCGCCGACAGCUAUGGCAGCCUCGGUCACACGCUCCCUAGUAUUAUCCCUGUUUUUGUCAUUUUCGUUUGUUUUUGGCGACCCUGAGCGGCUUACUUACACGAGGGAAAAGUUGCUGCGCAUUGGGGAGUCUACGCUCGGUCUUUUUUCACCAGCACACGAAAAUCCACAAGGUUUUUCGGAGCUAAUCGCGAGCGGAGCGGCUGCGCUGUACGGAGCAUGGAAACGCCGCCGGAGGAGGUGGAAGCGAGCCGGCGUGCUCGUCAAGCUCCGGCAGCGUGGAUUUCGAACCCCGCUCCCAUCGAUCCAUCUAGCUAAUCUACGAUCUCUGCCAAACAAGAUGGAUGAACUGCUUCUCCUCACAAAGACCAACAAAACAUUUGCACGUUCUGCUGCGCUCUGCUUCACUGAAACCUGGCUCAGUGACCGCCAUCCUGAUCCCGCGCUACAUCUACCCGGCUUCCGCCUUCUCCGAGCCGACCGCGACACGGAGCUAUCAGGGAAAUCGAAAGGUGGUGGGAUUUGCUUCUAUAUCAACGAAGAAUGGUGCACUGAUGUCACGAAGCUCGACGCACACUGCAGCCCGGACCUGGAGUCGCUGUCUUUAAACUGCAAGCCAUUCUACUCGCCACAUCCACGAACAGGACGUGAGACGGCUCUUCAAGCAGCAAAAGAUCAAGAAAGCUCCGGGGCCCGACAAAGUGUCCCCCUCCUGCCUGAAAGUCUGCGCUGACCAGCUGGCUCCGGUCUUCACACAGAUCUUCAACAGAUCCCUGGAGCUGUGUGAGGUCCCAUCCUGCUUCAAACAGUCUACCAUCAUCCCAGUUCCCAAGAAAUCGGCAACAUCGGAACUGAACGACUAUAGGCCUGUCGCCCUGACGUCUGUGGUCAUGAAGUCCUUUGAACGCCUUGUGCUGAACCACCUAAAGAACGUCACUGGACCCCUGCUGGACCCUCUCCAGUUUGCCUACCGGGCAAACAGGUCUGUGGAAGACGCAGUCAACAUAGGUCUGCACUACAUCCUCGAGCACCUCGACAGCACAGGGACCUACGCAUGGAUUCUGUUU